GUACACGAAGCAUAUUCUACAUUGAAAUGCUUAUUCCCAAACCGUAGCGAAGCACAAAAAGAGGAGUCAUAUAGGUGUAUUUAGAAUUAUCUAAUUUAAAUGAAUCUUUUUAUGAAAGAUAUCUAAUUUUCAACCGAUUGCGAAAAGAAGUUGUGCGUGAAUUUAAACGGGUGUCUUGUGCGCGUGUGUUAUCCAUAAGAAUAGGAAAAAUGAAAUACUUUGCCUUGUGGGGCACUGCUUUACUGCUGGUGGCAUUGGUUUUACUAGUGCAAGAAGUUUCUGCUGGCAGGGAUUUCUAUCAAAUUUUGGGUCUUCGAAAAACGGCAAGCAAAAACGAGAUCAAAAAGGCUUACAGGAAAUUAGCAAAAGAACUGCACCCGGACAAAAACCAGGACGACCCGGAUGCGUCGCAAAAAUUUCAGGAUUUGGGAGCAGCCUACGAGGUGCUAUCGGACGAGGAUAAACGCAAACUUUACGAUCGGUGCGGCGAAGAGUGUGUUAAGAAGGAAGGCAUGAUGGAUAAUUCCGAUCCAUUUGCGCAUUUCUUCGGUGACUUUGGGUUCGGAUUUGGAGGUCAGGAACAGCGCGAAACGCCACGUGGCGCUAACAUUGUGAUGGAUCUUUAUGUAACGCUUGAAGAGCUGUAUAAUGGAAAUUUUGUGGAAAUUACACGAAAUAAACCAGUAAUGAAACCAGCACAGGGUACACGAAAAUGUAAUUGCCGGCAAGAAAUGGUCACUAGAAAUCUUGGCCCUGGACGGUUUCAAAUGAUGCAACAGACAGUUUGUGACGAAUGUCCCAAUGUGAAGCUUGUGAACGAAGAGCGCACGAUUGAGAUCGAAAUUGAGCAAGGUAUGGAGGAUGGUCAGGAAACGAGAUUUUCUGGCGAAGGCGAACCACAUACUGAUGGGGAUCCGGGCGACUUAAUUCUGAAAGUUAGAACCGUUCCACAUCAAAGAUUUGAACGCCGAGGAGAUGAUUUGUACACCAAUGUGACAAUCAGUUUACAGGAUGCUUUGGUGGGAUUCAAAUUGGAUAUUGAACACUUGGACGGCCACAAGGUGCCUGUUGAGAGAGAAAAAGUUACCUGGCCAGGAGCAAGAAUCCGGAAGACAGGCGAAGGAAUGCCAAAUUAUGAGAACAACAAUCUUCGAGGAACUCUUUAUAUUACGUUCGACGUAGACUUUCCUAAGACGCAGCUGAGUGACACUGAAAAAGAAGAUAUCAAAAAUUUGCUAAGCCAACCAUCCGUAAACCGAGUAUACAACGGACUUCGAUAUUCUUAAAUAAAAUCAAUUGAAAGUUCGAAAUACCUACUUGUGCAUUCUUUCGUACUAUAGUAUGAAUUGCAAAAAAAUUGCAUCGGUAUUGUGAAGUUAGCUGACUUUUAUGCAGUGUGCGAUUAUCGAUAAAUGCUUGCCGAAAUGUGAGCUAUAAUUUCUACAAGAGGCUUCUGCCUCGAAUAUCUUAGCUAAGUAAUAGCGGGUUUUGAAGUAAAUUAUUAAAAAAAGCAUUUAUGUUAAAACUGAAUCGCAGUUUCUAGGAAAAGAAUUCACUUCAAUUUGUUCGUGAUGAAUAUUUUUUGUAAAUACGCGUGUAGAAUAAAACAAUUAAUGAAAUAAACCGGAAUGAUCAGAAUGAAAAUUUUUGUAAUGAUUGU